GGCACCGCCCCGCCCGGGAGGGCCCGCGCAGCGCGGCACGCUGGGAAAUGGAGUCCGCUCUCAGGCGGGGUGGCGGCCAUGCGGUGCCGGCCCGGCCGCGUCUCCGAUCCCCGGCUGAAGCAGCGCAUCAAGCAGUAUCUUGCAAGUAGUAAAUGUGGGGAGUAUGUUGACAUUGGAAUUCUAGCAUCUGAUUUGCAGAAAACCUACAGUGUAGAUUAUGGACGAAGAAAGAGAAAUGCCUUUAGGAUACAAGUUGCAAAAGUGUUUGAAAUAAUCAGUAAUGAAAAAGAACGCGAAGAUUUGUCAGUUUUAGAAUCUGAACAUGUGGCAAAAAGAGCAAGACAACAAGAGAAAAAUGACACCACUGGAAGUGGCACAGAUGACUCUGACUAUGAUGAUUAUCCAGAAGAUCUAUCUGCAAAUCACAUGAACAGUUCCCUGCUGAGCUUAUACAAGAAAGGAAAUCCUGAUUCUGUUCCAUCCACUCCAAAAAAUGACCCAGUGGAGACCUCUCCUCGUGUGAGAACAGCACCUCACACAAGCACCCUCGCACCAGAAUCCAGAGGUGAAAGACGAAUCUCUGAUGGUGGCUGGUUCAUUGAUAAAACUCCUGAUGGGAAAGACUUCUUCAUUGACCUUUCUGAGGAUGGAGAAGGAGAGGAAAAGAAAGUGAUUUCUGAGAAACCAACAGAAUUUUCUGUCUUGGAGAGUGAAAGAAAGAAGACAAAGGGCAGGAGAGCAAAAAGGAAAAAAGGAGAAUUUCCAGACGUAGAUGGAGAAAUUGAAUCCAUGUUACUUAAGAAAGUGAGAAAUAAGGGGUCAGAGCUUUACCACCCUUCAGUGAAGUUUGAGGAUGUAGGAGGCAAUGAUGAAACAUUAAAGGAAAUAUGCAAGAUGCUCCUUCACAUCCGUCAUCCUGAGGUCUACACCCACUUAGGAGUGGUUCCACCUCGGGGCUUUCUUUUGCAUGGGCCACCGGGAUGUGGAAAGACCCUGCUGGCACAGGCAAUUGCUGGGGAGCUGGAGCUCCCAAUGCUGAAGGUGGCAGCAACAGAGAUUGUGUCUGGAGUGUCAGGGGAAUCUGAGCAGAAACUGAGAGAGCUGUUUGAUCAGGCUGUGUCCAGUGCUCCCUGUGUCCUCUUCAUUGACGAGAUCGAUGCGAUCACCCCAAAGAGAGAAGUCGCAUCCAAGGACAUGGAGCGGAGGAUUGUAGCUCAGUUCCUCACUUGUAUGGAUGACCUGAAUAAUGUGGCUGCCACCACCCAGGUCCUUGUUAUUGGAGCAACAAACAGACCUGACUCCCUGGACCCUGCACUGAGGAGAGCCGGGAGAUUUGACAGAGAAAUUUGUUUAGGGAUCCCAGAUGAAGGGGCAAGAGAGAAAAUUCUUCAGACUUUGUGUCGCAAACUGAAGCUCCCGGAGUCGUUUGAGUUCCGUCAUUUGGCACGGCUGACUCCGGGCUAUGUGGGGGCUGAUCUGAUGGCCCUGUGCCGUGAGGCAGCCAUGGGCACAGUCAACAGGGUCCUGAUAACAUCUGGGGAGCACCACACACCUGGGGGGAGCACGGCUGAAGGAAGCCCAGGGGUAGGAGCAGACAUCCUGGAGGAAGAGGGCAACAACCAACCACAACUUCCACCUAAGGAUGAAUUGCAGAGACUUUUGGAUUUGCUGAAGGAGCAAGCCCCCUUGCCUGAGGAGCAGCUGCAGAAGCUGUGCAUUGAGAUGAAUGAUUUUAUUGUUGCACUGUCAUCAGUGCAACCCUCUGCCAAGAGAGAAGGCUUUGUCACAAUCCCUGAUGUGACAUGGGCAGACAUUGGAGCCCUGGAAGAUGUUCGGGAGGAGCUGACCAUGGCAAUAUUGGCACCUGUGCGAAACCCGGAGCAGUUUAAAGCUCUGGGCCUGACUACUCCAGCUGGUGUCCUGCUUGCAGGGCCUCCAGGGUGUGGCAAAACACUGUUAGCUAAGGCCGUGGCAAACGAGUCUGGACUGAACUUCAUAUCUGUGAAAGGUCCUGAGCUGCUAAAUAUGUACGUGGGUGAAAGUGAGCGUGCUGUCCGUCAGGUGUUCCAGCGUGCCAGGAAUUCGGCCCCCUGUGUUAUAUUCUUCGAUGAAGUUGAUGCUUUGUGCCCUCGGAGGUCUGACCGUGAAUCAGGAGCCAGUGUGCGGGUAGUGAACCAGCUCCUCACCGAGAUGGACGGGCUGGAGAAUCGGCAGCAGGUUUUCAUUAUGGCUGCCACAAACAGGCCAGAUAUAAUUGACCCAGCUAUCCUGCGUCCUGGUAGGCUGGAUAAAACACUCUAUGUGGGUUUGCCUCCACCUGAAGAUCGACUUGCUAUUUUAAAGACCAUCACCAAAGAUGGCACCCGGCCUCCCCUAGAUAGUGAUGUGAGCCUGGAGGACAUUGCUUACAGUCAGCACUGUGAUUGCUACACAGGGGCAGACCUUUCAGCUCUCGUGCGUGAAGCUUCCAUUUGUGCCUUGAGACAGGAAAUGGCCCUGCAGAAUACUCAAGGCAAGAAGGGAGAAAUCAAGAUUUCUCAUAAACACUUUGAAGAAGCUUUCAGGAAAGUGAAGUCUUCAGUGUCCAAACAGGAUCAAAUAAUGUAUGAAGAACUGCAUCGGUCGCUGUGCAGGUGAUACAUUUGGACAAUUCCCAAAAGAGACUCACUCUACACUGGUGAAGAGUUCUGAAGUUCUGUGUCUGUUUUCAAGAAGCAGGCUGGAAAGAAGCUGUACUAAAUCCAUCCCUCAACUUUUUAUACUGCACCUAUAAAAAAGGUCAUCACAACCUACUGCUCUAAAGCAUCCAUAAUUUAACUGUCUCCAGAAUAAAAGAUACAAUACAUGCUUCAUUUUUAUAACCA